AUGGUACUUGGAGGUUUCUUCCAAAGUCGCCUCUCCAAACGAAAUGUUUGGGGCCAUGUCUUCGAACACUCAUCGCUUCAUCCAACAGAGGAGGCAAUGGAAAAAAUGAAAUUCACUUAUGAUGUGCUCGGAGAGAAGUGCUAUCUCCGACUUGUUGAACUUGGACAGACUGAUUCACUUAAACCGCUUGCAAAGAAAGUCACGACAGGUUUCAUCGAUGAUGGGGCGCUAUGUGGACGGCAGGACUUAUAUGCAUUGUUGCAACGCCACGCUUCAAGCGAUACAAUCCUGCAAGACCUUUGGACUAAUAUCAAUGAUGUUCCUGCUUGGGUGGAUUGGGAUCAGAUCGCAAGAGGGCAAGAUUGCUUCUAUCGUUACGGGGGUGCUUGCUUGAUCGGCCUCGCUUAUCAAUCCCUCCUUGCGGGCAUGGGCAUCUGGAUGCGACAAGGUGAGACACAGGAUUAUAUCGCCUUAUGGAGAUAUAUCGCAUACUUGACCGGUACACCAACAGAGACUUUUGAAACACCCGAAAAGGCGAAGCGCAUGAUGGAGAUGAUGCUUGCUUUGGAAAUGAGACCGUCUCCGACGUCGCGCAUACUAGCCAGCAAUGUCAUCAGCUGUUUACAGGAUCAGCCUCCGGCGUUUCCUUCAAGAUCGUUUAUUGAAGCUAAUGCGAGAUGGUUGAAUGGCAAUGAGCUUUCGGAUGAGCUGGGAAUCGGGCGGCCAAGUCUCUAUUAUCGGUUACUCGUCAUUGGACAAUGCUUGAUUCUCAUGACUCUAGUAUAUCUUAAUCGAUCAUUUGCUUAUCUUGACAAGAGAAAGAUCGACACGCUUCGACACGUUUUUUGGCGACUAGUUGUUGAAAGUAAGAUUGGCCUCGGACAAGAAGCGCUAUUCGAGUUCAAACAUUUGCCAGAUCUUGAUAAAACAACAGUUCUAGAAGGAGCACCAACACGGAGUGAAAUUUUUGCAAGGAGAGAAAGAAGGAACCUCUUCGCUCUGUCCUUCGCAGCGAUUGGCUUAGUGGGGCUUUGGAUGUUUGCUUUGAAUGGAAGAGUAUUCAAAUUCUGGAAUAGUGGUUGGUUUGUGACAUGA